AUGUCACCUUGAAAGCAUGGACAAGGAUAGAAUAGUCUUAUAGUAAGCCUUCUCUUGACACACGUACCAUCAGUGGAGAUGCCUGACUGUGAUAUGUCACAAAGAUGAGGCUGGUGAAAGAACAUAAUCUUGGAAGGACACUUGCCUCUCCAUCUGCUUAAAGAACCUGGCUAUUACCACUCAAGUGACAUUGCAAAGCCAGAGGUUUGUCUUAAACAAAAAUGUAGUGUUAGAUGAAACGGCUUGCCACUUCUCAAGCUUUCUGAAUUCAGAGAACUGGAAUCGAAUAGAAAGGGCAAAGGCACUUCCACAGUGCUGAAGGUGGACCAAGAAUUUUAAUUGCUGUUCAGAUUCUGAGAACUUUGGCUUAUAUACACAUUCAUCUUACCUGAAAAACCAGCAGUGCCCAGGAACAAGACUACUGUAGUAACACAUCUCUGAAUUCAGCCUACUACGGAGUCACCACUGGAAUAUAUGAUGUGAAGAUGAAGAAACUAAACCCUACAGAAGACCACAGUACGAAGGGAAACUUUGAUGUCUGCACAAGAGCUUACUCUGUCAACCUAACUUGUCAAAGUACUAACUUACUGAGGUUUAGGGUUACUGAUUUUGCUCUUCUUCAAAGGAAGCUAUUUAAGAUAUCUGAGACACGAGUGUACAAACACUUUGAUCUUUCUGCCUAAAAUGCAACGUUUCAGGCUGAGUAUUUAUGUUGAAAUUAAUAUAUUUUCCUACCAAAUAAAACUAUUUUUUUGUAGCAUUUACCCAAGAACAUGAUUUUGAAUUCUAUGAACUAUUUUGGAGUAAGCUUUUUUCUUUUUUAAGCACACAGUUCUGAGCUGACAUGAGGGUUAAAUUACCACUCCUGACCUUCUCUAUUUCUCUUUCUUACUAUCACUGUUUCUUCUCCUCCAGCUAGGAGAUAGUUAAACUUGUUCAUGCAUUUAUGUGCGUUCACCUAUUGAUGACUUUCAGGACAUUUGCCUUGCUGAUAUUUCUAACACUGAUGGUAGCUACUUUUUAUUGUAUCAAGUUUAUCACACCUGAGCUGUGAUAACAAUGUUAUCAAUUUGCAGUAGUAUAAGACAAAGUCACCAAAUAUUUAAGGUCCUAGAAAGGCAUUUUUGCAGCUUUUUAAUGUAAGCUACCCUAACACCAAUUCUCAGGCUAAGUUGCUUUAGCAGGCUCACAUCUCUCUCUCCAAUCUGCAAUUGCGUCACUGCACUGCAGUGCAAAAGUGCUUUAAAGCCCUUAUGCACUUGUAGCAGAUCUUCAGCACCAUGGGAAUCCAGAUACCACUUGUAUGGUAAUCUGUAAUUAGAAGCUGUCAAGAAACAUGGAGGAACAUCUCUUGCUACACUAUCUUUAAAGAUGUAUCUAGGAGCAAUACCAUCAAUCACAAAUAAGCAGGUUUUCAGUUCAGUGAGUAAACUGAUUUUUGUCAUGUCUGUAUUUAUUUAGGGAUGCUAGCAAAAAAAAAAAUCUUAUUUUUCUGUGCAGCAUUUGUAUAAAAAGCAAAUAAACUAAUGUUUUCAGAUUUCAAAUGUAGCUCUUCAGUGAACUGUGGUUUUUUGAGUAUAUAAAACACUUAACAGCUCACCUGCUAAAUGUCUACCCAGAAAAUAUUACAUUUUGGGAAACAGAAUUUCACUGUGUAUUCUGUUACCAAAUCUCUAUGCUUGAGGAUCCCUUAUAAAAUUACAUGGCAGUCUCCAAUGUGAUUUUCUAUUUCUUUUUCUAAAACGUAAUUUUCCGUACGUUUUCGAUAAAUAACUGUAAUGAAGUAGUUCUGAAUGAAUGUUGGGAAAGUUUAACCUACAUUUGGUGCACAAGCUCUGAGGAUCAGUAAAAGUUUUUGCAGGACUAUAGUAAGUUUAAUAAAUGCAUUUGUGACUGCACUUUCUUAGGAAAAGGCAACCCUUUCAGUUUCACUAUGGGUUUCUUUUGUGCAGACAGUCCAAAUUCAGAAACAUACCAAAUCCAUGGUUACUUCUGGGAACAAAUACAGCAUUCUGUCUCUGCAAAUUUUCAAGCAAGUUCAUCCAAAAUAACUGCCAUUAUAAAUCCUUGUUCAGUGUUUCUUCUUUUUAAAACAAUUCUUUAAAAGAAAAAACCUGUAACUACCCCAACAGUACAAUGAUAUAGAAUUUCUGCACUCCUUUUCUCUGUGCUUUUCUUUCCCUACAGUUACUAAGUUUCUAAAAAAGAUACAUUGCUACUGACAGUGGAGAUCACUCUACAGCACUAGAGAAGAACAGAUUUAACAGCAGAUAAGAGCCAAAAGAAUCCUCCAAAUGCUAUAGGAGCAACCCACAGUUUGUUUUCUGUUCCUACCCAAAUGGCAGUGGAGACAUAUGGAGCCUGCCAACGCAAUGAUUCUCAUUAGAGUAGCACAUACACUAACAGAAACACUGAACAAUAUGAACUUGUACUACUUCAGUACUCUUUUACGAGCAACAAUUAUCUUAGUAACGAUCUUUUCAAAUUAUAAAGUCACUGAAUGUUUGUAAUUUACGUGAGAUCAAGAAAUCAAGGAAUAUUUGGAAAGGUUUCUGAGAAUACUUUUGUGGUUCCAUUUGCAGGCAGACAGCUCUCCCCAUUCUUCUGUCUGGAACCUGUAUAGUUCCUAUAUCAGAUUCUGAAACAUUCCUGAGCAUAUUUCUGCCACAGGAGUAAUAGGGAGCUGGGGACUAUUUCUGCUUGGCUUUGUGAUUAUACUUUCCAAUUCCAGAUAGGGAUACUUACAGUUCUGUGAGGACUAAACCAAUUAAGUGCUAAUUGAUUUUCUAGCACUUAUAAAGAGGUAAUUCACCCAUCACAUCUCCCACUGAAAACAAUAAUGACUAUUAAAGGGACAGCAUAAGAUCAGUAUUGUAGUCAAAAGUUCUAAAUAAAUAGUCAUAGAGUAUUUGUUAGUGAGAGCAAAUAAGGAUCUGAGUUUUUAAUGGAUGAUUCAAUCUGAGUUCCUCGCUCUCCAUUCACUCUGUGGCUGCUGUGUGCUGCAGUCCCGCCUCUCACUGCCAGCCUGCAUCGGAAUGAUAAUCAGUCACUAUGAAAACUCAUUAGCUCCACAGCAAUGAGUCCUCCACUGCUGAAGCUUGGUGCUGUUCUUAGCACCAUGGCAAUGAUCUCUAACUGGAUGUCCCAAAUUCUCCCAUCUCUGGUAGGACUAAAUACCACCAGACUACCCACUUCAGAUACUCUAGUAAGUAGCUAUGAUGUGUUGCAAGCCAUCUUAAUGCUGAACCCCAAGGAAGGGUGGCAAGUUUAUAGUUCAGCCCAGGAUCCUGAUGGCCGCUGCAUUUGUACAGUUGUUGCACCUGAACAAAACCUGUGCUCAAGAGAUGCCAAGAGCAGGCAACUUAGACAGCUGCUAGAGAAGGUUCAGAAUAUGUCCCAAUCUAUUGAAGUUUUAAAUCUACGGACUCAGAGGGAUUUCCAGUAUGUUUUAAAAAUGGAAACACAAAUGAAAGGGCUGAAGGCCAAGUUUCGGCAAAUUGAAGAUGAUCGGAAGACACUAAUGACAAAGCAUUUUCAAGAGUUGAAAGAAAAGAUGGAUGAGCUCCUGCCACUGAUCCCAGUUCUGGAGCAAUACAAAACUGAUGCCAAAUUAAUCACCCAGUUCAAGGAGGAAAUUAGGAACCUGUCUACUGUCCUCACUGGUAUUCAGGAAGAAAUUGGUGCUUAUGACUAUGACGAACUACACCAGCGGGUGCUGAGUUUAGAAACAAGGCUUCGAGACUGCAUGAAAAAGCUCACGUGUGGCAAAUUGAUGAAAAUUACAGGCCCCAUUACAGUCAAGAUAUCUGGAACCCGAUUUGGAGCCUGGAUGACAGAUCCAUUGGCAUCAGAGAAAAAUAACCGAGUCUGGUACAUGGAUAGUUACACUAAUAAUAAAAUUGUCCGUGAAUAUAAAUCAAUUGCAGACUUUGUCAGUGGGGCGGAAUCAAGGACAUACAACCUUCCAUUCAAAUGGGCAGGAACCAACCACGUUGUCUACAAUGGCUCCCUGUAUUUCAACAAGUACCAGAGCAACAUCAUCAUCAAAUACAGCUUUGAUACUGGGCGGGUGCUUGCACAGCGUAGCCUUGAGUACGCUGGCUUUCACAAUGUCUAUCCCUACACCUGGGGUGGCUUUUCUGAUAUUGACCUGAUGGCAGAUGAAAUUGGGCUCUGGGCUGUGUAUGCCACCAACCAGAAUGCAGGCAACAUCGUUAUCAGCCAGCUAAACCAGGACACACUAGAGGUGUUGAAGAGCUGGAGUACAGGCUACCCCAAAAGAAGUGCUGGAGAAUCCUUCAUGAUCUGUGGCACCUUGUAUGUUACUAACUCUCACUUAACGGGAGCCAAGGUCUACUACUCCUACUCCACCAAAACCUCCACUUAUGAGUAUACAGACAUUCCUUUCCAUAAUCAGUAUUUUCAUAUAUCCAUGCUUGACUACAAUGCAAGAGAUAGAGCUCUCUAUGCUUGGAAUAAUGGACACCAAGUCCUGUUUAAUGUUACUCUUUUCCACGUCAUUAAGACUGAUGACGACACAUAAUUCUUUCACUUUUGCUUCCCUCACCCUCCCCCCAUCUCAAAACAGCCUCAUUUGUGAAAAAUUCUAACACAUCCAUUUCUCUUAAUUCCAUAUCUUUUUCAUUUCUUUUUUUCAUUAAGAAAAAGUAACAUUUUCUACCAUGCAAUGCAUUUCAAAUAUGGCUGUACCUGUCAAAAACAACUUGUUGGAAAUAGAAGCAUCAUAACUCAUGAUUCCACAAGGUACUGACAGACAUUGUUGUGAAAAACACUACAAGAAGUGGCUAAGGACAGUUUAAAAGAUAAUGAUCUGCCUUAUUUUAGAGUCAGAGACUAAUGGUGGCUUAAAUGCAUGAAUGUCUUUUUUUUUUUUUUUUUUUUUACCUCAUUUUUGUUUUCAGUCUCUUGUUAAGCUCCAGGAAAUAUUUUGGUAAUGUAAGACAUAUUGCACAUUGUAUUUUUUAUUUAUUCUAGAAGAAAGAUUUAAGAAUUUAAUUUUACUUGGACACAGAGUACAACUCAUUUUGCCAUCACCCAAUUUCAGAUGUGGUGCUGUACAAUAUGUUUUUAAAUCUCUUGCAAACAUUUUAUCAACAGUAUGUAUUUCUACCAUUGUAACCACCAUUGUGCAAUUGUAUCUCUUCACUUAUGUGAAAGUAAACUAAGUACUAUUUUUUAUAAAAUAUAUUGAAGCUUAAUUGCAGUUCUGGUUAUGGGUCAGUUGACAGUGGCAACUCAGAGAAGGUUGUUAUUUGUUAGAAAAGAUGGUUCAGUAGUUUUUUAGGUGCACGAUCCCCAUUCUCAGCCUUGCUUGGAACACCCCUUCUUUCUCACCACUGGUGCUAACUCAAAAAUUUGCGAUUUUGAAACCUCAUGCCAAUCCUUGUAAGACAUUGGCCCCAGCACUGGGUCUGUUUUCCAGCAAGGGCAAAUAAUAUGGUAGCCCUUUGGCUUGCUACAAUAUCUCGUUUGAAACUGGAAACAGGAAAAAAGUAUCAUAAGCCUCAUUUGAAACUAGUGGAGGUGGUGACAAGGGUUCCAUUAAGGAAAAAAUAAGGUGCUAUUUAUCUAGGUACACCCACAAAUAAACUAAUAUUAAUAAUUACAAUAGACUUUAUAUUAAGCUGGGCUGUCACACAAGAUAAAGAGACAGGUAGUCGAAACCACGUGGAAAGUCUUGUUCCUCACAAAACCUGAGAUUUUCCUCUUUUAACCCCUUUAAGAUUGCUCAUAGAAAAUCAAGAAUGCUUAUAAAGAUACUCUUGUUUAAGAACAAGAAAAAAAAUGCACAGGUAUUUUGCUAGAUCUAUUUUGAAGACAUUUGAUUCCUCGAUUCUUCCAAUGUACCAGUAGAGACCGUCUUAGAAUAAUGAAAACUUUCAUUUAUGUCCUAUACAUAGUAACGAGUCUGCUUUACAACAUGCCCAUGUGGAGAUGAACACAAAUUGCCUUACUUUUUCAAAUUGGUUGCAAAACAAAAAACUGAGAGGUUUCAAGAACAAACAAAGGGGAAAAAGACACCCCAAACCUAAAAACACACAAAAUCAGAGGAAACUUAGAACCAUAGAAUCAUUAAGGUUGGAAAAGACUGCUAGGAUCAUCUAAUCCAACUGUCCACCUACUACUAAUAUUGUCCACUAACCACGUCCCUGAGGACUACAUCUAGACACUUCUCUUGAACACCUGCAGGGAUGGUGACUCCACCACUUCCCUGGACAGCCUAUUCCAGUGCCUAGCCACUCUUUCAGAGAACAAUUUUUUCCUACAAUCCAACCUGAGAAGUUACUCUACUGUGUCCACUUUCCCUCUUUGUCUCUAGUAAAAACGGCAGCUGUAACCCUUCAAAAAUCACACAGUGGAGUCAGACUCCAGGUGAAUAGACAAGUUAAACCACUGCACUCCUGUAUCAACUUGCCACACUUUCCAGUCUUGACAAUUGAACUGUGACAAAGGAAAAUGUGACUACUGAUUAAAUGGCUUUUUAUAUCAUAUAGAAGGAAACAUUCCAUGUUUUAUGGAAAUGAAGUAUCUUUACCCUAAAGCAAACGCUAACCUUUCCUUCCCACAGAGUAACAAACAAGUUUGUUUGUUUUAAAUAUAGCACUCCUAAAAAGUUACUAGUGAGAAAUUAAACAUUUUUCUAUCAUCGUUAAUACUAAUAUCUGGAAAAAAAGUUACUAUUAUUCCUCAAGUGUAAUUACAAUAUAUACAUUAGUGUAAGUUUGUAACGUUUCUUGGAGUAGUAUUAAUCUCAAUUAGCAAUUUAAAGGGUAACAUGACUACACUCCUAAUAAUCAAAGGAAAGAGACUACUGAAGGGUGCUGAGAAUGGGUGAAUAAGAGAAAGGUACCUCUGAAGUGUUAUUUUCUUACUGAUAAAACUACAGCUCUAAGGUUUAGGAGCCAUACCUAAAUAAAUCCUGCCCUUAGUAACAGCGGGUUGAAUUCCAAAACCUUUAAACAAGAAAUAAUAACUUGCACACAAAAGAACCUGGUGAGACACUACCAAGGAAGCAGUUCUACCUCCUCUUAAGAAGCAUUCGUUUUUCUGGGAAUGUGUUGAUCAUCUGAAUAUCUUUAAAUUCCUCUCAUAUUCCCAAAAGACUGCAAACAGCAUGCCUUAAUAUGCACAAUUUUAAGUUUUACAAACUGCUUUCAUAACUGAGCAGCACAAGAAAAAAUCUUCAUAAAACAGCAGAAACCUACAUAGGUGUAAGUAAAGUUUUAUUCUUACAAUUGCAACAUAGGUUGUUUGUUACUGGGAUGUCAUGAUACUUGAGGGAAAAAAAAAGCUCUUUAAACACAGGAAAAUUAAUUGUGUGCCUACAUAUAUAUCUUAGUGACGAAUCAUAACCUCCUGCUUCAAGGAGUGUGUUACAGGUCCACCCGGCAGAGAAGGAGGCAGGUGAACACAAGGCAAGCAUUGAAUAGUGCAGUACCUGCAGUUUGCUCCCUGCAACAGGUAAACCAUUCCUCAUGACAAAAUGUGUGCAAGAACUCACCACAGAGAAAGUUCCUUGAACAGUGAUCGCCUUUUAUAGUUCCUUCUGGCAACUCAUUCCAGUGAGUACUGCCAAGCCUCUUGCUACGCACUCAGGCUGCUCAGCCAGUCCUACCUGUCACAGUGUGUUAAAGAUGACCACUGGCAGCAACUCUGGAUCCUAUGUGCCAUUCCUGUCACUACUAGCAAAGGACUGGAUUUAAUGUGAAAAAUUAAAAAUGAUUAAAAAUGCUUAUAACUAAGAGUAUUUAUUUUCCAGACAAGCUGAAGCACUAUCUAUCACUCAGCUGAGCAGGCUGGAUCCACAGCACAAGACAAGAGAAUCUUUGUUUCAAUCCACAGCAUGAGCAAAUCUCUUACCUGGCGGUUUGUCAUAACUACUUAGAAAAAACAUGGGCUAGACAUGUACAAACCACUCUCGACAAAUGAUUAAUCUGGUUAAUUUUAUUCUUUACUAGUUUUAGAAUUUCCAGGAAACACCUUUGAUUUGCACUACUUUCUAUACUAGACAAAGCGUUCUGAGGAAUCCUUUGGGUGAGUAUAUUCUUAGAAUCAUAGAAUAAUCAGGGUUGGAAGGGACCUUUACGUUCAUCUUGUUUCAACCUCCUGCUAUAAAAGCAGGGACAC